AUGGCGGGAAAGGGGAGCAAAGCGCAACACCAUCACCAUCAGCAGCAGCAGCAGCAACAGCAGCAAUCCGCAGCGCAGCCCGCUGAGCCUGCUUCGUCCACUGUCUGCCCGCUCUUGCAGUCGACCGAGUCAUUGCAUGUCGCAUACACCAAGCAAGUGGCUGCACUUGUCCCCAGCAGUGCAAAGGCCCAUCCUCAUGCUGAUGCGUCGCUCCAGUUGACAAGCAGCCUCGCGCGACUGGUCGCUGAGCCGAGCCUGGCCGAGGGACUCCAGCCGCGCGAGCGAUUGCUGGCGUUCGCUUGGCUCCAGCUGUGGUCGUCAGCACAGCAGCAGCAGCAGCGCCAGUCCGACCAACAGACAACUGCUGCUGCUGCUGCUGCUGCUGCUGCUGCUGCUGCUGCUGCUACUGCGACCAACAAGACACCGGCGGCGACGACGGGAAUGGCUGCGUACCAGUCGCCGCUCAACCCAGUGCCAGCGAGCUCCGACGACAGCAGCAACAACCAGGCGCUGGCCGCGUUCGGACUGCUUCCAGUCGACCUGCUCAAGAUCCAUCUGGCACACGCGUACUUUUCGGACGACGCACUCGCAACGCCGUUGGUCAAGGUCGCAUGCGCGCUCAUGCCCGAGUUGCUCGAGCCUCCGCUCGCUCAGCGCGCCCACGACGCAGCAGGUGCAGCUCGCGCCGUUCCGCCGUUGUCGGACGUUGAGACUCGGUUGCUGAUUCUGCUGCUUGUGGACCAGGAGGCCGCGACCAAACACUCUGCCGAGCACAUUCUGGCGCAUGCUCCCACUCUCUUGAGCGAUUCUGCGCUGGCCGCACUGCUCACGGAGGAUGCUCUGGAUGAGUUGCGAGAGCGCGAUUUGGCUGCUCAAGCAGCCGCGUUGUGGCACAUUGCUCCGUUGGUUCGGGCACAGGUUGCGGCUACCGUUGCAACCCGUGGGUCGGUUCUGCCACCAACCGCAAUGGUCCCAGACGUUGUCCUUCCCCCCAGCCCCGCUGUGCUCAAAACAAAAGGCAGCGGCAAGCAUCCAGCCAACUCGGCGACCGCUCUUGCAUCCGGCGCUACUGAGCAACCUCCGAGUGCCGCACAGAGCCUGUCCGAGACUCUUCUGCUGCGUGCAAAGUCGGGCAGUUUCGCCACGACCGCCCUGGCUCCGGCGUUUCUGCGUCCAGUUCCGCCCCUGCUCGCCUGCGAUGACGACGAGCUUGUAUGGUUGCAUCCAGAAGAUCAAGCGCACGAAGUGGAGUGGGACGAGCGCAUGUGUGUGGACAAUGCGAGCGUGGCCAAGCUUCGUGUUUUGAUGAGUAAGGCGUCCACCGGCCCUUUGACGCUCCAGCAGCAGCAACAGGUCCUGUCCGAGCUGAGGACGCACCCAAAGUGUGUUUACCUUCUCGGCCUGACACCUUCAAAGCUACCUGAUCUCGUGCAACACAACCCGGAUAUUGCCCUUGAAGUGCUGCUGAAGCUCAUGUCUUCAAGUCAGGCCACAGACUACUUUUCUACCCUCGUGAACACAAAGAUUACGCUUCACUCGAUGGAGGUGGUCAAUCGGCUCAUCACCACUGUGGAUCUUCCUGCUGCGUACAUUCACUUGUACAUUUCCAAUUGUAUGCAUCAGUGCGAGAACUUUCCCGACAAGAACUCCCAGCAGCAUCACGUUCGACUUGUUUGCGUGUUUCUAGACUCGCUCAUCCGAAACAAGAUUGUGGAUGUGGCGGAUAUCUUUGUGCCCGUGCAAGCCUUCUGCAUCGAGUUUAGCAAGGUUCGCGAAGCGGCUGGGUUAUUUCGUUUGCUCAUGUUGAUGGACCCGAAGCAGCAGCACAAGCCAAACCAGAGCGAUUCGUAGUCAUGAUGCUUUUCAACAACCCACAGUCAAAUAAUACCUCACUUGU